UCUAUAAAGGAUUAGUUCUGGUACUGUACAUACUAAAGUUUGCCAGCAAAUUUUUCUGUAGGCUUUCCCGCAAUCUUAAGAUUUGUUCAACAACUGCUUUCAAAUCUUAUAAAAUCUUAUUCUCACAUGCCAUUUGUUAAUGGGCAAGAGGGAAGGGGAUGUCACUGAGCAGAGAUAUAACAGCCACUCCAGAUUGAACUGUGCCUUCAAGUGGUGUCUUUCUCACACUCUCCACCUUCCUCUGGCCUGGCUCUGUCAUGCCUCGCUCCUUCCUGGUCAAGAGUAAGAGACCAGGGUCUCAUCCUGCUUGCUUUGCUAAAGGUUACCGAAAAGAACAUUCUGACCAGCCACAGCCCCAUAUACAUCACCAGGAAGUGGGGUGGCAGGAAGUGUGGUCCCCACAUCAGAGCCCCUUUCAAGGUGAUCAAGACACAGCAUGCUCAGGGUCAGAUUUCAAAGAAACUGUGAACCACACUUGCCCUCAGUGGGAUCCAGUGGCAACCAGACCAAACAGAACCUCAUCUGUGAAUCCUUGGACCAGCUUGUCUGCAGAAAGAAACAGUGGUAUGGAACCUCUUGAGUCAGCCCUGCUUUGGACUCCACACUGCCCCCAUGGACUUGCCAGAGAGAGAGAACUGGAGAGACUGGUCUAUGUCCUACUGAGCCAUAGGCAGCAUAUAGACCUCAACUCUGCUCACCAGUGCCCUCUGUGUGACAAGGUCUUGGCCACAGGAGUUGGACUGAAGAAUCAUUUAAGCAAGUUACAUGUCAACAUGAAUACAGUCCCAUUGGCCACAUCAGAAAACACCCCAGGGUUCAAACAAGCUCUGGGCAUGUAUGGAAGACCAAAGGAGCGUAGCUUUGGCUGUAAGGUGUGUGGGAAGGUGUUCAAGCGCUCCUCCACCCUCUCCACUCACCUCCUCAUCCACUCAGACACGCGGCCCUACCCCUGCCAGUACUGUGGGAAGAGGUUCCACCAGAAGUCUGACAUGAAGAAACACACCUUCAUACACACAGGUGAGAAGCCCCAUGUGUGUCAGGUGUGUGGCAAGGCCUUCAGCCAGAGCUCCAACCUCAUCACACACAGCCGCAAGCACACCAACUACCGCCCCUUCAGCUGCCGCCGCUGCAAGUGCGGUUUCCAGCGCAGGAUGGACCUGCACCGCCACCAGGAGACGGACUGUGGCUACAGCUGUGUGUACACGCAGGGCUAAGUGCCCAGGUGGGCCCAGGGUUUUGUAACACAAGUCUGUAGCAGAAGAAUGACGCCUUUGUGUGCGGAUUGCUGGCAGAUUUGCAGUUCCACACCUCUCCAGUACUUUGACCUGAGGCUGAGAACAUGACUUUUGUUGAAGUUAGUCGGACAUUUGUUUUUUUGUAGAUUUUGUGAGUUUGACCAUUUGGACAACGCCGUCGUGUUACGUUUAGGCCUUGGUCUCUACAGGGCUGUAUGGCAAAAAACAAAAAAAGACCCCUUAUCUAAAAGAGUGGAAACCCUUUUUCUCAAUGCAACCGGCCUUUUCCCUCAGUGAGCAAUGCAUUUGUAACAGUGAAUGUAUGUGUCCUCUGUGACUGAGGCAGCCCAUCCAAGGGGAUAACAGCAGUCAGGCCAUGCAGAACAUGGAUGCUGUACGAGUAGAGACUAUGAUUACAUUGAAAUAAUGUUCCACUAUUUUGGCAAAACAACAACAAACAAUACCAUAUUUUCUGUGUCAAAGCCUGGGAUAU